GCCGCCCGGCCAUGGAGCCCCAGGUGCUGACGCCGCAUGUCUACUGGGCCCAGCGCCACCGCGAGCUGUACCUGCGCGUGGAGCUGAGCGACGUGCAGAACCCUGCCAUCAGCAUCGCCGACAAUGCCCUGCAUUUCAAAGCUCAGGGACAUGGUGCCAAGGGAGACAAUUUCUAUGAAUUUCACCUAGACUUUUUGGACCCUGUGAAGCCUGAGCCGGUUUAUAAAGUGACCCAGAGGCAGGUGAACAUCACUGUGCAAAAGAAGGCGAGUCAGUGGUGGGAGAGACUCACCAAGCAGGAGAAGCGCCCACUGUUUUUGGCACCUGACUUUGAUCGCUGGCUGGACGAGUCUGAUGCAGAAAUGGAGCUUAGAGCCAAGGAGGAAGAACAUCUGAAUCGACUCCGACUGGAACAGGAAGGCUCCCCUGAAUCCCUGGCAAACCUGAGGAAAGGGUAUCUGUUCAUGUAUAAUCUCGUGCAGUUCUUGGGCUACUCCUGGAUGUUUGUCAACAUGACCGUGCGGUACUUAAUCUUUGGAAAAGAGUCCUUCUAUGACACAUUCCAUAGUAUUGCUGACAUGAUGUACUUUUGCCAGAUGCUAUCACUUGUAGAAACCAUCAAUGCCGCAGUUGGAGUCACAAGGUCUCCUGUGCUACCUUCUCUCAUCCAGCUUCUUGGAAGAAAUUUUAUUUUGUUUUUUAUCAUCGGCACCAUGGAAGAAAUGCAGAACAAAGCUGUGGUUUUCUUUGUGUUCUAUGCGUGGAGUGCGAUUGAAAUUUUCAGGUAUCCUUUCUACAUGCUCACCUGCAUUGACAUGGAUUGGAAGGUGCUCACAUGGCUCCGUUACACAGUGUGGAUCCCCUUAUAUCCCUUGGGAUGCUUGGCAGAAGCUGUUACAGUGAUCCAGUCAAUCCCAGUAUUCAAUGAAUCAGGAAGAUUCAGCUUCACACUUCCAUAUCCAAUAAACUUCAAAGUCAGAUUUUCCUUUUUUCUUCAGAUUUACCUUAUAUUGUUAUUCUUAGGACUAUACGUAAAUUUUCGUCACCUUUACAAACAGCGCAGGCGGCGGUAUGGGCACAAGAAGAAAAAGAUUCAUUAAGAGAGAGAUAAAAAUGACUUCUUGCCAGUUUGAGCCUAAUCUAUAAUUCUUACGAUUUUACCUUGUUGUACUGAUGUAAGUUUUUUUAAUGUUCAGUGGAUAAACUUUCAGUGAGGCUGUCGUCCCUUUCCCCUGGUAACAUUCCUGAAUUUACGGUAUUACCUUAGCAUAGCCCUUGCAUGCCAUGGAGAUCCGACAGCUGAUGACAGCUUCAAUCUCGUGUAUGUUAGUGACAGACUCGAUGGCGGAAGACUCAGUCCCAACCCACCCAUACCGUGAGUCAAUGUGCUUUGCCCGUGUCCUUAUCCUGCCAAGUACAGACCAUUCUGAUUGAUAGUUCAGGUUUGUUCUUUCCAGCUUUUGUUUAUGGAGAAAAAAAAAAAAGACUAUAUUGCUAUAUUGGUUUAUAGGGCACAAAUGACUCAGGCCCUGAAAUGUUCUGUUCCAGCUGGAUAUUUGGUAGAUGUAAUGGCACUGAUUAUUUUUUUGAAAAUCAAGUUUCUCAGUCACUAAUGAAGCAUUUCUGAGUCUGGGUGGGGCUAGAGAAGAUGCAUUAUCUCUGACAUCUUUUGGCUUCUUUAACGUCAGAGCUUACCUGUCUAUGUAGGCAGUGAGAAACACAGUGAUUUCAGAGAAACAAGUCAGAACCUUGGAACACCACAAUCACUUUAUUCCUAGCUAAAUCAGCAGCAUCCUCAACACUAAUUCAUGUGAGAUGUUAUUUAGAAAGCAGUGAGAGCCCACGUUUAUAUCUGUCACAGUGAGUGGUAGAACUGUCUGUUUUUUGAAUAGAACUCGAGACUUUGCACUGCUACUUCUUGUCUGCAGGAGGAUAGUGAAAACAGGGCUUUAGCUAGAGAACCGGCAGCUGCAAAGAUUCCUCACAGGGAUCCCAUCAGAGGGGAAUUGAAAGACUCUAGAUGUUUUGAAAUUUGGUUUAAAAAAACAGACAACCAAACCCCAUCAAUUUCCUUUAGUACAUUCCAAGUAAAUGCAGAUAUUAGAAAUAAGAUGUGUGUAAAAUAAUUUUAUGGCAUUCCAGCUCUUUCUGUUGUGUCAUUUCCACUGUUCCUGGGGAAAGGGACUCGAUGAGUGAAGCCAUUUUUCUGAGGCCACGUUGGAAAUUUGGUUUGACCUAACGCGAUUAGCAUAGGCUGGCUGAUUUUUUUUGUUUUUGUUUUUAUUCAUUGCACUGAAGGAUAUUCUGCAUGUCUGUAACUUAUGUCAGCACCUGUUUGUAUUAACUUCUCAUGUGCAUUCAGCUGUGUGAAACUGGGCAGGUCAGCUUUGCAGUAAAUUAUGCUGCAGAAAUUUGUAGUUGUUGAUUGUUAUAAAACCAUUAUUUGCUAUCUGAGGAAGCAAAAAAGACUGUAUUUCUAUUAAAUAUUUACAAUCAAAAUCCUAAUAA